AUGAUGUACCUCGUGGCGCUACCCGCGGUCAAGAUCGCUAUCCUCCUCACCUAUCUCCGCAUCUUCCAGCAGAAAAACUUUCGAAUGCUUGUUUAUGGAGCUCUUGGCCUGAAUGCGGCUUAUGCAAUCAUCUUCGUGCUCGUGACUGCCUUCCAAUGCACUCCCAUAAAUCUGGCGUGGCAUCACUGGGACAACGCUCAUCCUGGACGAUGUAACAAUGUUAACGCUCAGUCAUGGUCUUCGGCAGCGAUCAACAUUGUGCUAGACAUCAUCGUUGUCGCUCUACCUAUGCCAAUGCUGUGGCGUAUGGAACUCAACAAGCGCAAGAAGGCUUUGGUUAUGCUCAUGUUUGGUGUCGGUAUCUUCGUCACCAUCGUCAGCAUAUUGCGACUCCAGGUUCUCGUCAAAUUUGGCGACUCGAAGAACAUAACCUACGACUACAAAUCCGCGGGUUACUGGUCUAUCGUCGAAUUGCACACAGCAGUGGUCUGCGCCUGUAUGCCUGGAAUCCGUAACCUCAUUCGCCGAGCCUUUCCCAAGCUCAUGGGACAGUCGACUGCAGGCUCGUCGAAGCCCUCAUCGAACCUUUCCGGGCGAACCGCCGUUGCAAGCGGCGUUUACAAGAGUGGAAAUGAGAUCUUUGUGCGGCCAAGGCACAGCGACGACGAGGCGUUCAUCCCGCUCGAAAACGUCAGCACUCAUAAGUUGGUCGAGGCCCGGACGCAGCCAGUGACACCACCAGAGUCCAUACACGCAUCUUGCUGGGGAUCUCAGAGAUAA